CGUGGAUCUAUAAUGAUUACCUUUCUGUUUGGCGGUGUGUCGUGCAUUUGCCUAGCAUGGCUGCCACCUUGUAAGUUUACAAUACAUAUGGGGAAUGGCGUUAAAACAAUGCCGGUGAUUUGUUUAGCUUUUAUUUAAGACACAUGUGUAGAGAAAUUUUAAGUAUAUUUGUCAACUGGUUCUAGACUAACAUGUACUAUUCCAACAACAGGUGGUGAUUUAGUUUGGUUGGGAAUAACACUUGCUAUGUUUGGGAAGUUCGGUAUAACAUCCGCAUUUGGAAUGAUUUAUGUUUAUGGGGCGGAGUUAUUUCCAACUCCGCUAAGAUCGAUCGGGGUUGGUAUGUGCGCCACGUUUGCACGCACGGGCAGCAUACUAGCACCUCAAUUAAUAUUAAUUGGUGAGGCAUUUCCACAGCUCCCUCCAGUUGUGUUUGGCGUAACGUGUAUCGUGGCUGGUUGCUUGAUAUAUAUUCUACCAGAAACACGGGGACAAAAAUUGCCGGAAACGAUAUUGGAAGCUGAACAAUUUGGGCGAAAAAAGAAACAUAGCCUAUCAUAUCCUGGUUAUGGUGAGAUCAGAAGACUGGAAGUAAAUGACAAUUAUGAACUGAAAGGAUACUGAACACCACAGUUUGAGCCAU